UUUGUUUUUGAAUAUCAUCUGUUGCGUUUGGCAUCAUGUUAUUCCAGUUUAACUAAAUAAUUUAAACAUUUUGUGAAUAUAUAAUACGUGUACCAUUUACAAGUUCCAAACAAAAAUCAAAUCAAAACAUUAAUUGAAAGUGAAAACUAUCAGUGUUGCAAUAUAAGUUAUCACAGAUUUAUUGGAAAUUUCAACAAUUUCUCUUUGGAAUGCCGCAUAGCAAUGAUCCUGAUAUAAUCUGCUUUAAACACUGCGGAAAUGAUAUUUUCAUGUUUUCGGUACCGAACCGAUGUCCACUUUGCAAUGGAAAUUUGGAACAAUGCAGGGAAUUUCUGCCUUUCACUUUACCAUAUCCGUUCAUCAGUGCCACAGAAAGCCCCUGCUCUGUGAUACUGCGACCGUCACGUGGAGAUUUUUUGAGAGAUUUUCAUAAUAGAAUCAAUUUACACAUAGCUCUGACCGAUUCUCGAGGGUCAAUAGUGGAAUUUGACAGCCCGGGCCUAAUGUACACCGCUUCAAAGAACGUAGACAAAUCGCUGUGGAAACAAUGCCUGCUGAUCGCAAAAGUACCUGAAUCGUGGUUCGGUGAAUGGGAUCGACAAAUAUACCACGUAGCUAGAGAACGGGGUUGGGACCAGAUGAAAUAUGAUGAACAAACUUUGAAUUGCUACAGCUUCGUAUUGGAUUUUGUGCGGUUACUCAGAUAUGAUUCGUUGACUGCCAAUGAUAGUUUUUUUGCAGCAAUGAGUUCUGUACAAAGUACGUUCUACCGAAAACUGUUCUCGCAGCUAAAUACAUAACAAUUUUUAGAAGAAUUGAAGAACAUGGAAUGUGGAAGGAACACCAUCGGUGAUUGUGGUGGAAAGUGGGUGAGUAACCUCGUUGUCAUAUUUGGGAAGUUGCGAAAUGCGCACAUCGUGAUUGUGAUUUCUCCGGUGGAAAAGAAGCCCGGGAUGCAGUACGGAGGUGAACAUUUGUUUUUUUCGGAUACUAAUCAAACCAGAGCCGUCCGAUAGAGUAAAGUAUGGACGUAGUUCUUGAACAGUACCUAGUACGCACCUAGUGAAAUCGUAUCGCUAAAACAACGUCGAUGUACUUGAUUCAGAAGAGGAGAACGAACAAUCGAUGGAAGCUUCCAGUAGGGCUAGUAGUGAGACACAACGUGGAGAUUGUGUGGAGCAUUAACUCAUAAAAUCUUUACCAUUUUAUCGCACAUCCGACGGAGCAUGUUUUUAUACGAUUUGUGAGGAAACAUCAUGGAGGAAAUUGAGACAUACAUCCGUAAGGACAUGUGUACACAAUGUUUCAUGUGAUGGAUUCCCCGUUUUCCUGGGAUGAUUGGCACAAAAUUCACUACGAAAAUCCGCCUCGAGAUAUAUGGUUCGUUCAUGAUAAGGAUUAGCCCAGCUACAUUUUUCUUCAGCACGUGUUGUUCUGUGAGCGUUGUAAUGAAUAGUUUGAUUCGGAUGGAACUUUCAACGUACAACUAGAAAAAAGAUACAAAUACGAACAAAUACAAGUGAUUAAGUUUCGUCAUUGCACAUUGGAAGACACUUCUCGGUCACACAUUAUGCUUUUGCUAAUUCCAGAUGAUUCCUCUCCCUGAAUGAUGAAAGAAACAGGAUCAUGAUCGAGUACAGAUGGCAAUGGAAAAAUCGUAUGGGAUCGACUUAGUUGACGCUGCGAUUAGACCUGUCCCCUAGUACUCUGCUCGUAGAAUUAUUGUAAUGACAAUUAUUGUUUUUUUUUUUGUUAUUUACUUGUUAUUGAAGAAUUAUCCCAACUGUAUAUAGAAUAAGUUACUAUCAAUGUAUUUGAAGUAUGUAGAA